AUGGAAACAAGUACUCUGAUAUUGCAAAGUGGAAAAGUAAACGACCAUGAAUAUAAUACUACCUUUCUAUUAAAUCAAGAGAUACAGAGACUGAAAUCUCCUGUCUCAGACUCAUCAGUGAUGAAUAAUAAUACUAAUAAUAAUAAUAAUAAUGCGAAUAAUAACAAUUCUUCGAUAUCAUCAUCUGAUGAUACUACCACAAUAUUUAGUGAUGCUAUAAGUUUAAACACAGAUGAAAGAUGUGGAUCUACAAAUACGAUCCUAAGUGAAGAAGAUACAACGAUUAAAUCGAAAACAUGCGAAUUAAUGGACACUAAUCUAACAUCUAACGUCGAUAAAGGUAUGAUAAUAUCACACUCACAUUGGACUGCUCCAUCAUAUAAUUUAUCAGCCGAGGAUAUUAAAAAAAAUGAAUUCUUAAAUCAUAUCGAUCCUAUGCCAAGAAAACCACCUUCUUAUAACAAGAUGAAUCCAAAUAAAUCGAUAAGGUACCCAAUCUUCGAAAAUAAUAUGGCUUGUCAGAAGGAUGAUACCCCACCAAGUUAUGCACCUACAGUUGAAAAAUUUACUAUUGUCUCUAUUAAAUCAGAAUAUCUUUCACCUUAUGAACCUUCUACUUCCAAAACGUGGAAAAAUUUCAUUAUGGAAAUUAAUUCAACACAACUGAAUUUUUAUUCUAUCGAUUCAUCACUAACUCAUAGAAUUAAAAAUUAUUCAGGUGGGUAUGAUCAUAAUCAUGGUAAUAGCCUUUAUCAUCUUGAUAGUUCGAAUACUUCCAAAUUUUUUUCUUUUAACCACAAAACAACUUACAAUUUUACUAAAUACGAUCAAGAACAUAUCUGUUAUAAUAUUCAACGUUAUAAGAAAAAAUUUAUCACUCAGGAAAGAUUAUAUAAAUCUUUCUCUUUACAAUUUGCAAAAUUCGGUAUACCCAUUGAUUACAAUAAGAAAACUUUCGUGUUAAGAAUACGUUGUGAAUCAGAACAAUUCUUAAUCAAUUUUGCUCAUGUAGAUGAUAUGAUUAACUGGACAACUUACUUAAGCAUGGGUAUCUCUGUCUCUUUGGAUUUAGAACUUCGUGAUAUGCCAGAUUAUAGAAUAGUACCAAGAAGACGCAGAAGAAGACGUAGAAUACAUAGUCAUAAUCGUCGUCAUGGGUUUGUAAGCAAUAGUAAUAACAACAACAACAACAACAACAACAACAACAACAACAACAACAAGCACCCUUCAUGCACAACAACAAUAACAACAACGAGAAGAACAAGAGAUAUUAUGACUUCUCAUCUUCCAGAUUCCGCCUUUAAUGGAUUGUCUGAAAGUUCAUCAAGAAGAAGUUCGGUUCCUAACAGUAGAAAAAAUUCAAAUGUUUCCUCUACAUCUCAAACUUUAGAUCAAUCAUUUAGCACAUUAAGUUUAGAGUCCUCAAUGAGAUCAACAAAUCGUGCUCCAAGCAGAAGAGGUUCUAGUGUUAAUUUACAAGAUUCUCCUUAUAAGUUCAUUAGCCAAAACAGUAAUUUUUCCACAUCACCUUCCUCAUCUACUUCUUCAUCCAGUACUAAUUUGAAAUCAAAACUUAAGGGUCUCUUUAAAAUUGGUUACACUCCUAAAAAGUCAAUCAUUAGUCAGUUACCGCAACAAAUAACAACAACAACAACAACAACAAACCCCAUUAGUAUUCCAUCAUCUCCUACUUCUACACAAGCCAAUGCUCUUUGCUUUAUUUCAACCUCUGUAUCUCCAACUAGUUCUGCUCCAAGUUCUCCAGUGAUGAGAUCCAGUAGUUUUAAGAAUUAUUCCACCGCAACAAGUUUGAAUUCUCUGAUUGAAGAUGAAGAUGAGAACGCUGAAGAUGUUUCACUUCCAGGUGGCAUGCAAUUCUCUAGAACACAUAAUUCAAGACUAAGAUCUGUCUCUUCUCCCUUAUAUCAUGCAGCUCAUAUUAAGAUUCCAAGUCAAUCAAAUGAUUAUAGUAAUAUUUGUCCAAAGGACACAUCAAGGUCUCCAAAAUAUACUUCUCACACGUAUGAUUAUAGAAAUAAAUUAGUUCAAAGAAAUAGUAUCAUCUUACAACAUGAAUUAGACGAACUUCAUGAAGUUCUAAGGGAACAUCAAGAAUCAGAUGCCGAUGAAGAUGAUGAUGAUGACGAAGAUGACGAAGAUGACGAAGAUGAAAUAUCUCAACCGGUUGUUUCCAAUCAACCUUAUACUCGUAUGGAUUCUGUUUACUCCGAUGAAGGUAUCUUCCAUGAUUCAGAUGCUGAGGAGCAAGAAUAUUAUCCAAAUUAUACACAGAGAGCGUCUUCAUUAAUGAGUUCAUUAUCCUACGGUGUUAGCAACGAUGAAGUCAAAUGGCAUCCUUCAAUUAACGAUGUCUCGAGAAGAAGACAAAUUAGAAACUCCUUACGUUGUAUUAGGCCAUUCUUAGAAGAUAACGAAUGGGUUGGUUAUGUUUGUUUCAAAGCAGCCAACUGUCCACCUUAUGAAACUAAUAAUAAACCAAUUUCUUAUAAUGGGAGAAAGGGUUCAAUCAAGAGUAGAAAGAAUUCUACUGGGACACAUCGUGCACAUGAUUAUAUAAAUAUGAAGAAUCAUUAUCUAGAAUCAUUUGUGGUUGGUCCAGUUGAUUUUAUAAAAGCAGAUACUCCAACUGUUCGUCGUAUUAGUGGAAUUAAAAAUAAAAAGAAUAAAGAUGAUGAUGUGGAAUCUAGACUAUUAUUAGCUUACGGAUCUUAA